CCGGGAGCUGUCCGGCCGCCUCGGUGCUGAUCCCGCCGCCGCCCACGGGCCGCGAGCCGCCGAGAGAGGGGGCACUAUGAGCGGGGGCGUCUACGGCGGAGAUGAAGUGGGAGCGCUGGUCUUUGAUAUUGGCUCCUUCUCGGUCCGCGCUGGGUACGCUGGGGAGGACUGUCCCAAGGCUGACUUCCCCACCACGGUGGGGCUGCUGGCCGCUGAGGAGGGGGGCGGGCUGGAGCUGGACGGGGAGAAAGAGAAGAAAGGGAAGAUCUUCCACAUCGACACCAACGCGCUGCACGUACCUCGGGAUGGAGCGGAGGUCAUGUCACCCCUGAAGAAUGGCAUGAUCGAGGACUGGGAAUGCUUCCGAGCUAUCUUGGACCACACCUACAGCAAACAUGUCAAGUCUGAGCCAAAGCUGCACCCCGUGCUCAUGUCUGAGGCCCCGUGGAACACGCGAGCCAAGCGGGAGAAGCUGACGGAGCUGAUGUUCGAGCAGUACAACAUUCCUGCCUUCUUCUUAUGCAAGACGGCGGUGCUCACGGCCUUCGCAAACGGACGCUCUACGGGCCUCGUGCUGGACAGUGGGGCCACCCACACCACGGCCAUUCCAGUACAUGAUGGCUACGUCCUGCAGCAAGGUAUCGUCAAGUCGCCGCUGGCAGGGGACUUCAUCUCCAUGCAGUGCCGGGAGCUCUUCCAGGAGAUGGCGAUUGACAUCAUCCCCCCUUACAUGAUCGCAGCCAAGGAGCCUGUAAGGGAGGGAGCCCCUCCGAACUGGAAGAAGAAAGAGAAGCUGCCUCAAGUCUCCAAGUCCUGGCAUAACUACAUGUGCAAUGAAGUGAUCCAGGACUUCCAGGCCUCCGUGUUGCAAGUGUCAGACUCGCCCUACGAUGAGCAGGUGGCUGCGCAAAUGCCCACGGUACAUUAUGAGAUGCCCAAUGGCUACAACACCGACUAUGGCGCCGAGCGACUCCGCAUCCCCGAGGGCCUGUUUGACCCAUCCAAUGUCAAGGGCUUGUCCGGGAACACCAUGUUAGGUGUGGGCCACGUGGUGACCACGAGCAUCGGCAUGUGUGACAUUGACAUUCGCCCGGGCCUGUACGGCAGUGUUAUUGUCACCGGUGGGAACACACUGCUUCAGGGUUUCACAGACAGACUAAAUCGGGAGCUCUCCCAGAAGACCCCACCAAGCAUGCGACUGAAGCUCAUCGCCAGCAACAGCACCAUGGAACGCAAGUUCAGCCCCUGGAUUGGGGGCUCCAUCUUGGCCUCACUGGGCACGUUCCAGCAGAUGUGGAUCUCCAAGCAGGAAUACGAGGAAGGUGGGAAGCAGUGCGUGGAGCGGAAGUGCCCCUGAGGGCGCCCACCCGCGCGCGUGCGCACACGCACCCUCCAGGAGGGGAGGGGGACGCCAGAGAGGGCGUUUCCCCUGCCAGGCUUCCACGAGCGCAGAUCGAAACCCCUCCCGACCCUCCAUGCUCCCCCAUUGCCCUCUCCUCUCUUCUCAUCUUCUUAGAUUGUGACGUUUCUGAGUUGAAA